ACUAUAUUCAAAAUAGCCGAACAGUUGCCAAAUACGGAAGUUUAAAUGAAAGAUGGCCGCGUGUAGUGUUGGUGUAGUGUCAAAUGACAUAAAUACGAAUAAACAAAUAAAUCCGGUGGAAAAUUUGGAAGGAAAUAAAGAAAAUAAAACAGAUAACGAAAGUGAACCGCCUCCCGUUGACAACAUUUUGCAAAGUCCGCCUCACGCGACAAGCACAGGAACCACAGGUGCCAUCUUGGAUGUUCAUUUAAACAAAACUAACGGAGGUUCGAGUACGUGUAGUGACGAAUCAUCGACAACAGACGAUUUUUUGACAGUUGGAAAUACCGAUACCAAAGAUUUUAAAGAUGGAGUUACUACGGUUAUUGUCGCUAAAAAACAUAAUGGAACCGCCUUUAGGACCAACAGUCUCGGUAGUGGUACGCGUAGUCCACCAGUGGAAAGAAAAAGCAAAUUUUCAAUAGGUAAAUUACUGAGGCCGUGGAAAUGGAAACGGAAACGGAAAUCAGACAAGAUGGAAGCCGUUUCCAGAACUUUAGAAAGAAAAAUAUCAGUCCGAGCCAAUAGAGACGAUUUAGUAAUGAAAGGUAUUCUUUUACCAGAAAGCCCGAUGACUCCCCCAAAAUCCGACCUAGAAGAACCUCCAUUCCCUCCGAGCGCCGCCCAACAAGUACCGAGCGGCGACGGCGGUAAUAUAUCUACAGGCAACGGCUGCGGUAAUUUAACCCCGCAAUCGAAUCAAAUCGGUACCGGCACGUUACCCCAACCGCCCCCUUAUCCCGUAGUACCGCCAUCAAUAGCUCAAAUGAUGCCCAUCAAUUACAACCUCCUCCAGCAACAGCUACUGCAGAAUCCUCAAUUUGCACAGGCCAGCGCCAACGCCAAUAGUAUUAGUAAUACAGAGCCGAAAAAAGAUAAGACUGAUGGAGUGGCACACAACGGCGCUCUUUCUCCGAACGGAGAAACGCAUUCGCACGUAACGCAACCCCCAGGAAUGGAAAAUAUGGGCGGGAAACUCGAAAGGCCGAACACGCUGGGACACGGCAAAUUAACCAGGAGAUUGUUGUGUUAUCACAGCGAACACUUUGCAGAUUCGCAAUGUAUGCAACCGAAUAACACGCCGCCGCCUCAAGAAAAACAUCUCCACAAUAUCCCGCCACCGCAUUUACCCGUUGGCGGGGUACCGGGAUUUAUGUUGUCCGAAUUACCCGAACCGCCCAUUCCCGUUUCCGAAAUUGGUCCGAUUCCUCCGCCGCCUAUGUUCAGUUCCCCCAGUCCCGUACCCAAUAGAUUAUCGCCGCCACCCAAUCAUCACAAUUACGAUUACGACGAAAACGAAGACGAAGAAGAAGAUGACGAUGGUGAAUACGACGUCGAUCAAUAUUUCAGAAUGCCCCAACCGGACCCGUCGAUCGACACCAGUCGAAUCGACGAGAUACCGGCCAAGGAACCAAAAUUCCACGCGAUGCCUCUCAAAUCAGCACUGAAGAAAAAAUCGAAUAGCGGACCAGCGACUCCGCAAAUUACUCCGACUCAAGAAAAUAGACCGUUGACGAUGAGACAACAAGAAUACAAUUCUAGUUUCAAAAGGUCGAAUUUGAGACCUAGGAUCAGAAUCUGCAGCAACAAACCGGUCACGUUCGGUCUACCACCUUCGGUCGAAAACAAAGAAAACGCUCGACCACUCGUCAUAAGAGAAGACGAAAGCGAUAGCGAUUCGAACGACGGUCCGAUUCCUUAUCGCGACGACGAUUCCACGUCGGUGGAAAAACGUCUGGCGCUCAAAAUGGCUAGAAAAGAAAGUUUAUCUAUCAAAUUAGCGCUCAGGCCUGAUCGACAGGAACUCAUCAACAGAAACAUCUUGCAAAUUCAAUCGGAUAACGAAAGACAAGAGGCCAAAGAAGCCAUCGGAGCCAGAUUGAUCAGGAGACUCAGUAUGAGACCGACACAAGAAGAAUUAGAAGAAAGGAACAUAUUAAAAAAACAAAGUCCGGCGGAAGAGAAGAAACAAAAAGAAGAAAAGAAACGUUUCCUUUUACGUAAAUUGAGUUUUAGACCGACCGUGGAGGAAUUGAAAGAGAAAAAGAUAAUCAGAUUCAACGAUUACAUCGAAGUGACUCAAGCUCACGAUUACGAUCGAAGAGCCGAUAAACCUUGGACUAGAUUAACACCUAAAGAUAAAGCGGCCAUCAGGAAGGAAUUGAACGAAUUCAAAAGCUCCGAAAUGUCGGUACACGAAAACAGUCGACAUUUGACCAGAUUCCAUAGGCCUUGACAAUUGCAAGGCGAAUUAGAAGAAAAGAAAAUUACUGUGAUGGGCGUAGUUGUAGUAAUAAUUCCCAUAAUCGCUUAUUAUUAAUUGGAUAAAUUGCAAAAAAAAUAGAAAAAAAUAAUAGGAGGACUCAUGUUAGAAUCAUUAAAAAAAUCGUGUAGGUUGUUUUUGUACAUAAGUGAUUUUUUUAUUAUGCAAUGUUUUUAUUAUUAAUUAAUUAUUAAUUAUCAAAUUAUCGAUUUGUAUAUUAUUUCACUUCUUUUUUUCGUUCACUGUUAAAGGACACUGUAUAUACAUGGCGCAAUUAAAGUAAUACAUCACAAUAAUUAGAGAUCCACAGCUGACGUCUAAUAAUCUUUAUUUACAAUCACACACUGUAUAUUCAAUUUUUUUAAUUUUAGUGUGGUUGAAAAUUUUUUCUCUCUAAAAUGAUAUUAAUCGAAAAUAAUGUUCGGUAUACCCUCAUAUAAAAACCUGGUUUAAUGUCUUGAGAUCAUCGAUUAGUUAUGAAAAUUUUAUUUUUUCUUAAAAAAAACCCAAAUUUGAAAAUGACGUUAAGUUAAGUAUUUUACUUAUAGUAGUUCAAAUGUACUUUCGAUUAAAAUCUUUGUUAGCAAGAUAUUGUACGUUUGGCAACAGUUAUUUUUUUUAAUUCUCGUUUUAUUCACCACAUUUUCCACCAAAUUUUUCAUUUCCAUAGAAAAUUAAAUGAAAAAAAGAGUCUAAAUUAAUAUUUUUUGAAAAAUUUAAAUUCGGGAUGGUGAAAUUGAUCAAAAAUACAGAAUUUUCUUUGUAAUUUUUGGUAUACCCUCGUAUUAAAACUCGAUUUAAAGCCUUGAAAUCAUCGAUUAGUGAUAAAAAUAUUUUUUAACAAAAAACUAAUUUUUUUUAGAAGUUUUUAUAAUAAUUUUCACAUAACGAUCAAAUAAUUUAAAUUUGACUUUUAAAAUAGAAAACUUCCCGUAGAAAAAUAUUUUAUCUAGAAAAAAAUUCUCUUUUUCAUAUUCGGUCAAAAUUUCCAAAAUUAAUCAUCACCAUAUCCAAUACCUUAAUAUGAUAUUACUUGUUGUACGUCCCUCGUAUUUUUUGUUUUAAUUACAUUUUUUUUUAUUAGAAAAAUGUCAGUUGGAAAUCUAAUUAACCAUAUUAAAGAUACAUUUGUUCAACAUUUUCUAAUACAACGUUAAAUUGUUGUUUUACUCGAAGUAGUUCAAAUGUACCUUCGAUUAAAAUCCUUGUUAUGAUGAUAUUGUGAGUUUGGCAACGGUUAUUUUUUCUAAAUUCCGUUCUAUUCACCAUAUUUUUCACUAAAUUUUUCUUUUUCAUAGAAAAUUUGAUGAAAUAAGUGUCUAAAUCUAACCACAACGUUUUGAGAUACUUUUACCAAAUAAUAAUCAAAUUACAAAAAAAAAUGAUGAAUUUUUUAAUUCUAAAGUAUCUUGGUGUUAAUUUGUUACAAAACAACUAAUGACAAUAAAAAAAUCAUUUUUCUCGGUUUCCACUGAGAUAACUGAAAUUUAAAAUUUCUCUCCACUUUUUUCAGCAUAUUUGAAAAAAAAUCUCCUAAUAGGUACCAAAAAUUGCUUCUAAAAAAUAUAAGCUUCGUUGUUGUGUGAAGAAUACCUCUUACGAUUGUUUAAUCGGUUGGAAUAGAGACAUUUUCAUGCAUAUUCUAGAAUUGUCCCCGAUAUAGGAAAAAUUUUCUCCUGUAGUGUAAUUUUGUAUAAGUUUUUCUUCCGUAUGUUAGUCACUUACUAUACAUAUUUAUGUCCAUUAGUUUUGAUAGACCAUACUAGGAGUGUUUUUAGAUGAUUGCGGGUGGGAUUUUCCCCUUUGGUCUGUCAUUUGACUAAAAAAAACUUUCAAUGCCGACGAAUCGUCUUCGAAUAGUUAAAAAUUACUCCGGUAGGAAAUGCAACAUUCAGAAUCACCAAAUGUAGAGUUUUACACACCGAACAAUCACAUAUUUCGUAUAUAGAGGAUAUUCUUGAAUACUUUUCUAAAUUUGUUUGAUUUCCAAAUCCUAUAUUAAUGAAAAAUGACAUUACAUUAGAACAAUUUACUGUUCUAGAAGUUUCUAAAAGGACCUAGAUCUUAUCUAUAUAUUAUAUACCAACACUAAUAUAUUAAUAAUCCAAAUAAACGUGUUUCACCUCGUAAAUAGGAAGUUUUAAUUCCUUUUAUUUUAAAUUUUGUAAACAUAUAUCAAUUUACUGGGGUUUUUAUAUAAAAAAAAUAAUGGAUGGUCCUGAAUAUAAAUAUUUAUAGUAAAUUAUUGAAAAUAUUGGAAAAAUAAUAUAGAUCAAGUCAUUUCUUAAUUAUUUGAACGGUUAAUUAAAUAAUUAAAUUAUUUAAUAUACUUUUGAUAUAAAUGUAUUGUUAGGGCGUAAAAAGAUGAAUCGCCUAUAAUUUUCAUUAUUUUUUUAUUAUUCGUUGAUAUAAAUAUUAUUUUUAAUAAAUUUUCGAUUCGUUUUAUGUUUACAACAAUAACAAUUUAUUUUCUAUUUAGAACGAAUUUUUCAUAUCAAAAAUAAUUUUUUUUCUAAAUCUACAAGAAGUCCCAAAUUUUACAUUCCGAUGCUUCUAAAUUUAAUUUAGCGACUCAACACUCUUUAUUUAUUAUAAUUUGAACACUAAUAUACUUAAAAUUUAAUAAAUACAUAUAUAUAUAUAUAUAUAUAUAUAUAUAUAUAUAUAUAUAUAUAUAUAUAUAUAUAUAUAUAUAUAUAUAUAUAGGGUGAUCUAAUUAUAAAUAUAUUUAGAUACAUACAACGUUCUUUUAGUUAUUUCUAUCACUAACAAAUCAAUUUAGUGUCUAAUCGAUCAUGUUAGGAAAUAUAUUAAUCCAAUGGUGUUAGAUCUGGUCGAACUAUCGGUUAGAUGAAAUAAUCGUUGCUGAUAUGUAAUUUUUUUUAAGUUGUUUUUAUAUGUGAAGUCUGCUUAAGGCGCGAGCGAGACCUUCCUUUUAGAUGUUUCCUUAAUUUGUUUUUUAACCGAUUUUAGAAUUUGUAUUGUUGACGUAAAGGAUGUGUUUUAUACAUACAUACAUAUAUAUAUAUAUAUAUAUAUAUAUAUAUAUAUAUAUAUAUAUAUAUAUAUAUAUAUAUAUAUAUAUAAUUAUAGUGUCAAGAGAUGUUCUAUUUAUAAAGAAAACAAAAAUAUCAAUUGAUUAUUAUCGAGUUCUUAUUAUUUCAGUAUUACUGGAAAUAAAUCGAAAA